AUGGUGGGAAUCCUUAACAUCCCCAAACUCCCACUUAUCUCGCCAUUUUCCCUGCGUAUACAAUCAAGUCCACCCUUCAUUUCUAUUAAAGCCUCAUCAGAAUCCUCAAACUCCCAAGCCACUCCUGCUACUACCGGUACCAAGGAAGAGCAAAGACCAAGCUUUGCUUCUUCUUCAACCACAGCAUUUGCUCCUCCUCCAAACUUCAAGCCACCAGAGCCAAAGAGGUUUGCAGUUAGACCAGAUAAGACUUGGGAUAUCUAUGGGGCAACUCUUGCCUUGUUCUUCCGGUGGGGAACUGGUGUUUUUGUUUCUGGCUAUUCCGCAUCUCUUGUUUCUGAGAAUGAGAUUCCACCUGGCCGAUAUUGUUUAGAACUAGGAGGCUAUAAGUUGAAAGAGACAUCAAAGAUAGGCCCUCGUCCAGAGAAGCCUAUUGAGAUAUAUGAGUUUGAAGGAGUGGACCCAUUUAACAUGACAGGAAGAUCACAGGCAUCAACAUUUAGUUUUUGA